CCAGGUAUCAUCCCGUAUCUUGCAUGUUAUUUUCAUGAAAAUGCCACUAUUCCAAAGUGAAAAUACAUAGCCUACAAUGUGUGAAUGCACAUUUUGAAAACGCAAUCUCAGUUCGGUUCUGGGUAAACAUCGUGAGUGAGAGGGAGGGAGGUAUAGAGGGUCAGGGAGGGGGAGAGAGAAGCACGGGCUUGGGAAUGCUCUCCAUAAGGGACAUUAGAACGCUUUAAUAAACACUCAGAGCAACGUCAUUAAAUGUUACUUAUCGCAUUUUGAUUAUGGUCCAUCGACGCAAUAUCGAACAGAAUGUUGUAUGUCCUCUGACUCCUGUUCUUCAAAGUCAGAGAUGGGCAUUCGAGAAGCGCUCAAUCAGUCCGUCGUGUCCUUUCAAGAUGCAAAGUCUCGUCUGCGUCUCGCAAAUUUUUACAACUCUUCUUUUCAACUUACUGCCUGCCCAGACUUCUCACUCCCCAGUGGAAAUGCAUUCUGAAGUGAUGCUUUUCCAGGAGGUUUGGGGGAGGAGCUUGUGUCAUUCAAUGGAGCUGUUGGUGAAGGUGGAACACGAGUACCCUGAAGGGGUGGAGCAUAUCUUUAGCCCGGCGUGCGUGCUCCUGUGGCGAUGCGCUGGUUGCUGCGGAGACGAAAACCUGGAGUGCCACCCGACCACCAUGCGUAACGUCACCAUGCAGCUGAUGAGGAUAACUCCAGCUGAGAGAACAGGGAAGCAGGUUGAGUUAACGUUUGUGGAGCAUCAGAGCUGUGAGUGCAGACUCAGGAUGAUGGAUUUGAAUGAAAGCAGUCCCAGAGACAGGAUCCGUCCUCGGAGAAAGAAGCUCAGGAAGAGAGCCAAAGACUGUCGCAAGUGCCAACAGCCUCUCAGCUAGGUGGAUCCUCAUAUCAUCGUACAAUAACCUCUCUGCUAUGGAAUGAACCACCCUUCACCCCCUCAUCAAUGCCUCAGUUUGUCCCCCAUGGAAAUCCACUGCAGGGAGACAUGUAUGUCAGAACGCACUAAUCCCUGAACGGCAAAUUACUUCAUCCCAGAUUUGUAACAACCUUUGCUUGCCUUGAGAAUACUUUUAGGGAAAAUAUUCUACUUAAAUUGGAGUUAGUAGCUCCACCUCAUGGACACAGAGGAGAUGGGCACAGGAGAUGGCAGGACAGGAGAAAACUAGUUGCCAAGGGACAAGGGAUAAGCCCCACCGUACAUGGAAUUUUCCUGAAAAGCUGUUGGAAAAUGAAGGAACUUAGCUGCCUAUCUGUAUAGAACAACAACAAAGAAGGCUGAAACAAUACAGAACCGUUGCAGACUGCACUUAGGGCAGGACGUACAACUUCACAGUUUUGACCACUGUUUUGAGUUCUGCUCGUAACAUUUGUAUAUUUGUACUGAAGGCUCAGAACAUUGUUUCAGAGACAUGAGUGCAUUACCAAAGGAGGAGAUGGACAUAUGUAUUAUAUAAAAAUGUAUGAAGUUCUAAUAUUUGACUACUAAUGGACCUGAGAGGCCCAGAAGAUAAUCACAAUCUGACUGCUGUACACUCAGACGCACACACAUUUACAUUCUUCAAGAGUGUUCAUAUGUAGAAUUAUGUUUCAUUCAAGCUAGGUGUGUGGUGAUAUGGUUUUAUUUAGAAAUGUGGAAGAACUGCUUAAGGCUCUGAUUUUCAUCAGAAAAAAAUAAUAACAAAUCCAUAUGGAGUACACUGCCUUGAAUAUAAAAUGUUGGUAAUUGUG